CCGGGUUGGCAAAAGGGGCGGCGGCGAGGAAGAGAGCUUGCCGCGGGGCGAACGGGCAGGACUGAACCAGGACUCAGGGGACGGAGGAGCAGCCCCGGCCAGGUGGGGAGGACGCCGGGGCGGCCGAGCCCGCCGCUGAGGUAUAUGAAUGACCUAAAGCUACAAAUAAAGACGGAGAGAAAACGGUGCCAACUGGGAGCAGGGCAAGGAUGCCAAUUCCUCCUCCUCCCCCGCCCCCACCUGGUCCUCCCCCACCUCCCACUUUUAAUCAGGCAAACACAGAGCAGCCCAAACUCAGUAGAGAUGAACAGCGGAACCGAGGAGCCCUCUUACAAGACAUUUGCAAAGGGACCAAACUGAAGAAGGUGACCAACAUUAAUGAUCGGAGUGCUCCUGUCAUCGAGAAGCCCAGAGGGAGUGGUGGUGGCUAUGGCCCUGGAGCUGCUGCUUUGCAACCCAAGGGAGGUCUCUUUCAAGGAGGAGUGCCCAAGCUGCGACCUGUGGGAGCCAAGGAUGCUUCAGAUACUCUAGCUGCUAAGCCAGCCCUACAAGUCCCCAGUUCUCGAGCUGCUGCUCCGAGGCCUCCAGUGUCUACAGCCAGUGGGCGUCCUCAAGAUGAUACUGACAGCAGCCGAGCCUCCCUCCCAGAACUGCCCCGGACGCAGAGACCCUCUUUACCCGACCUCUCUCGUCCCAAUACCACUAGCGGUACAGGCAUGAAACACAGCUCAUCUGCUCCUCCCCCACCGCCUCCAGGGCGCCGUGCCAAUGCGCCCCCCACUCCUCUGCCUGUGCACAGCAGCAAAGCUCAGGCCUACAACAGGGAGAAACCCUUGCCUCCAACACCUGGACAGAGGCUGCACCCGAGUCGAGAAGGACAUCCUGCUCCACCCUCUGUAAAACCACCUCCUUCCCCUGUGAAUAUCAGAACUGGACCAAGUGGCCAGUCUCUGGCUCCUCCCCCACCGCCUUACCGCCAGCCUCCUGGGGUCCCCAAUGGACCCUCAAGUCCCACUAAUGAGUCAGCCCCUGAGCUGCCACAAAGACACAAUUCUUUGCAUAGGAAGACACCAGGGCCAGUCAGAGGCCUUGCACCUCCUCCACCCACCUCUGCCUCCCCCUUCUUGUUGAGUAACAGGCCACCUCCCCCAGCCCGAGACCCUCCUAGUAGGGGAGCAGCUCCUCCACCCCCUCUACCCACGGUCCGAAAUGGUGCCAGGGAUGCUCCUCCUCCCCCACCACCUUAUCGAAUGCAUGGGUCAGAGCCUCCGAGCAGAGGAAAGCCCCCACCUCCACCCUCAAGGACGCCAGCUGGGCCACCCCCUCCUCCACCACCACCCCUGAGGAAUGGCCAUAGAGACUCCAUCACCACUGUCCGUUCCUUCUUGGAUGAUUUUGAGUCCAAGUACUCCUUCCACCCAGUAGAAGACUUCCCUGCUCCAGAAGAGUAUAAGCAUCUUCAGAGAGUAUACCCCAGCAAAACAAACCGAGCUGCCCGUGGAGCCCCACCUCUGCCACCCAUUCUCAGGUGAAGCCUGGCUUGGUCCUGCUCCUCAGGAAAAGGAUGGACCUCCUCUUCUCAGAUGGUCCCCCAACCCGUAAAACCUGCAUGAGAGCUCCUACAGUGUUUCUCCAGUGCAACCAACCCUAAGCAUCCUCCUGGCCCAGUUCCAUCUAUGCAUCUCAUCUCUGGACUUGGUGAUUGGAUUCUUUCUGUUGGCAGUAGGGUCUCAAGCCCUUUAUCCAGCCCUCUUCCAGCAAGCCCUGCUAAGCCAGAAGAGGAGAAAGCCUCCAUUUCUCCUGCUUUCUUCCAGGGAAAGGUGCCUUGUUAGGUGAAUGGACACACACUGGGCAGGGUAGAGAACGGUACCCCUGCCUGCUGUUAUUCACCAAGGGGAAGUGUGCUGUGUGCAUUGUAUUCCAUAGUUGAGGAGGUUGGUGUGGCCAGGACUGUUGAGGAAAAGGUACUUUUCGUG